UUCGAAUCGGUUCGAUUCAAGCAGGAUGGAACAUGCGACGGAAGCCCCCAGCGCGGGCCAUGAAGGGUACAUUGUGGCACUGACGCCGCGAACAAGCCUCAUCUCUAACCAAGAUGCAGAGAAGGAGCACACGAACAUGGAAACGGAGCCAGUCGCGAGCAAAUGCCGCCUGUGGUGCGCAAACCCGAGCGUCCUAAUCCUCAUUGGAUGUGUGCUUGGAGUCAUACUGGGCUACCUGCUCGGCCAGUAUGGUGCAUCCAAGGAGCUCCUCACUUGGAUAACGUUGCCAGGAGAAUUGUUUUUGCGAGCUUUGACGUGCGUCGUGGUGCCGCUAGUGUUUGUCAACAUCUUCCUCUCCGUCGUUGAUAUGCUCCGAGCCGGCCAUGCGGCCAAGAGCGGGCUCUACACGCUCGGCUUGUUUGGUCUAACGACGGUGCUGGCCGUGCUUUUGAGCAUCUCGUCCGUGUCAAUCUUCAAGAAGUGGUUCUCCCACGCAUCAUCAACUUCGAAGAACGCCGUGAAUGCGGGGCAGUCCUGGCAUUGCGGAAACACGACGGACCUGUCCGUCCAGUGGUUUCAAAAUGGCACGAUUUUGUGCAGCACGCCGUCCGAUGCGUCGUCGCCGCUCGUCCUUCCUAGUCCAUCCGCCGCGCCUCCUCCGUCUUUGUCCAAAACGGUGCAAGAUCAGAUAUUUCGCGCCCUCGUUCCCGACAACAUUGUGCAGCAGUUCGUCUCGGGCAACUACCUUGGCAUCAUGGCAAUUGCUACCAUGUUGGCGUUCUCUUUGGACAAAGUUUCGCCGCGCCCUGUCGGCAUCGUCCGUGUUUGUGAAGAGCUCAACGCCAUGCUGCUCGUGUGCAUCCGACUCAUUAUCGACAUCACUCCCAUUGCAGUCUUCUCGCUCGUCGCCGGUGGACUCGGCGCGACAAGCGAUUUGACGGCGGCGCUCUCGGACGUUGGCAUUUUUCUCGUCUCCUUCCUCGUUGCGAUCAUGCUCCACUACUGGGUGACCCUAAUGGGCAUUCUUUACUUGGUGCUUCGGACGUCGCCGAUUCAAGCCAUGAAAACGUGCUGGCCAGCGCAAGUGUUUGCAUUUUGCAGCGCUAGCUCGGCCGCGACGCUGCCCAUCACAUUAAAAUGCGGCGACCAAGCGAACGUGCCCGCAAGUUUGGCUUCAUUCAUCCUGACCAUGGGCGCCACCCUCAACAUGAACGGCACGUCCAUCUACUUUCCUUGCGCCGUCAUCUAUUUGGCCGUGUCCACUGGAGAUGAAGCGAACUUUACUGUUGUGUCGUACAUUUUGCUGGGUCUAUUGAGCUCCAUGUCGGCGGCGGCCGCCGCGCCUGUUCCGUCGGCUGCGCUGGUCCUUGUCGUCCCGAUGUUCAACGCCGUCUGCGGCACGGCCAACGCGCCAACACCGGCCAACUUUUCGUACUUGCUCGCGAUGGACUUUCUCCUCGAUCGAUUUCGCACGUGGCUCAAUGUGUCUGGAGAUCUCGUCAUUGCCCAGUGCGUGGCGGCGAUGGACUGCGCGGCCAAGAAUGCGCCAAGGCGGGUGUCCGAUUCGACCGAUGAAAGCGACAGCUCUGUCUAGGCCUUUGACUCUAUUUACAAUAUUCAUGCGAUGGUAGCCCCACAGGACAGUUCUGAAGCGUGAGCGAACGAGUCGGCUUUUUUCAGGCGUCGCAUGAUCGAUGCAAAUCAUUUCAGUCGGCCGGAUCUCGUCGUCCACCUCCAGCGUCGGCAACCAGGUCCCUUUGCGCGAUUUCCCACCAGUUGCACUUCCCUGACAAUACUCCCG